GAAAGGGCUGUAGUCUCUAAAUUCUGUCACCAAAUUUUUCAACAGCUUCUUUCUACAGAAUGAAGAUCUUUUACUGUGUCUUCCAUUUUCUGUGUUAUGUGACCUUCAUUCUACAAGCUACAUGUAACCUGAUGGAUGCUGAUCGUUGCACAAAACGUAAGGGUGUCUGUAAGAGAAAAUGUCUUAUGAGUGAAAGGCAGAUUGAUACAUGCUUCUCACCAACUAAGAUUUGUUGCUUUGAGACGCUCAAUUAUGACAACGGUUUGUUUUAA